CCUCUCUCUCCCCCCUCUCCUGCCCCACUUUUCUCCCUCCGCCUCCAUCUCUGUCUCUGUCUGGCCUCCCACCUCCCGGCCCCCUCUGACCCGGUCCCCCCCCCCCCGGUGUUUGUCCCCAUAGUCCUAGAGAUCCUCAGUUUGAUCCAGAAGCGGGAAUUGGCACGGGCAGAUGAGCACAUCCUGGAGUUGGAGGCUGAGGAGAAGCUGAUGACCUCCGGCUCCAGCCCUGGCAGCCUCGAGGGCGGCCGGAGUCUUCCUGAGGGCCGCCGGGCCCGAGACGUGACCCUCCUCUAUGAGGCCCUGCAGCGAGAGCUCUGGGCACUGAUCAGGGAGACCCUGGCAGACCCUGGAGCCACUGGGGGGCCCGGAGGGGCCCCCCUGACCCAGCUGGGCCAGGUGCUGGCCCAGGAAGAGGAGGCUGAUGGGCGCCGAGGACCAGGAGCAGCGCGGAGGUUCCGGGCUCGCUGGGCUGAGGCUGUGGCCCAGGUGGCCGGGGAGCGACUGGAGGAAGCUGCCAGGAUAGAGGCCGAGGCCAUGGCCGGGAGGCUGGAAGCCCUGAGAGCCAGGCUUCGAGAAGACAUGGGAGCUGUUCGGACCCGCCUGGCCCCCACUUACCCACCGAGCCUGGGAGCCUUCGGUGUCUAUCUUCGGGGCUACCAUGGGGCCCUCUCUGACUGGCUGAGGAAGGCCACCUACCACUGGCUCCCUCUGGCUGACCGCUAUGCCCUUCUGUAUUGGCACAACCAAGUUUAUCCAAGGGAGAUCUCGGGCCUGGUGAACAUGGUGGCCCUGGAGAACGGACAGCUGGGGCCCCUGCUUCCUGCCGAAACUGUUCGGACCCUGGAGGAUGAAUGCGUGACUGACGUCAAGGUGACUGGGGGGGAAGGGGGAAGGGUCGAGUAGGUCACCAGAGGUUUUCGGGGUCCCCCCCGGCCCCUGCCUUGGACAAUCCUGUCCUUCCCCAGACUGUGGCUCUGGACCAGGAGGGACACGACAAAAAUGGCCAAAAGAGAAUCCAGCCCAAGCCUGAAGGGCAGUGGCUGUACCUGGAGACGGGGGGCAGAUAGCCAGCAGCAUCAGGACAGUCGUGACAGCCUAGACGAGGCUGAGUGCUUGCAGAGGGGCCAGAGAGACAAGGGACCCCACAUGGGCAGGAAUCAGAGGACUCUGUUUCUGUCCCUCUUCUGCCUCCACCCCAACCAUCUGAGCAGGGAGAGCACCAACAAUGGUGAACCAGAAAAGGAGGAGGAGGUGCCUCACUUUACCCUGGAGGGAAGCUUACCUCACUGACCCACAGAGCCUGAAGUCUUCCAAGUACCUUUGAGGCUAUCAUAGAGCCCUCUGGGGACUUUGAAAAGGCAAGGAAUGAGAAGUGAGUGCAUUCUAGGCACAAAGGACACAGCCUGGAGAAAGGCACGGAGGUGGGACACUCAUUUCUUA